GGAGUGGUGACUGGCGAUGGAUGUAGGUGAACGAGAACAAGGAAGUCAUCCAGAAAGGCACGGCAAGAGGAGAAGAUCUUUGAACAUGUGACGGCUUUAAUUAUAACUUAAUCAGAAAGAAGCAUACCAGGAUGGUGAAUUCGGGUGUUUGUUGUGGCAGUCUGAAGGAUAAUAAGAUCCUUAUGAAGAUGGGCUUGGGGCUGGUGCUGGUAGGCCAUGUGAACUUUUUGCUGGGGGCACUUGUACACGGAGCUGUGCUCGGGCACAUAAAGGUGCUCACUUGGGACCGGAAACUCGUGUACCCCAUCUCCAAUGUCACCGCUCUUGUUGCGGGGCUUGUGGCAAUUAUUGGUGGGAUCUCCGCUAUUGUCCUCUCCAAGAACAAGAAAAACCAGCUGCUGAGUUGGUUUUUACUAGUUGUGAGUGUUCUGGCUGUUCUCUUGGGCGGCGCCUCUGCAGUGGGCAUCAGUAUGGCCACAGUGAGGGCCAUAAUGCAGGAAGGGCAUAGUCUCUUUGCCCAUUGCAAUCUUCCUGCCAACAUGAGUUACUACAGCAUCACAAAUGAAUGCCCUUUUGACCCCACACGCAUCUAUGGUACAACAUUAAUCCUGUGGUUUCCAUUGAUUCUGAUGUCAGUAGUAGAAGUUGUGUUCUCUUGCCGCUGUUUCUUGGCCUGCACCUCCUUUCUCCGCUUGCGCUGCCCAUGGAGGAAAAAUGUUGUCUACUCUAGAAGGCCUUCUUUUCUAGUGUAUAAUCUUGCGUGCCGAGGUGACAGAAGAAACUGCACUACCUCCAGGACAUGAGCCAAAUGAGGAGGAGCCAACAGAACAGCACGACCUUCUUGACAAAGACACACCUGUUGUGGUGACCAGUGAUUGGCUGUAAUUCACCUGCAUGUGCCGCAUGACCAAUAGACACUAGUUUAGAAUUGCACAAAGCAUAAGUGACCAUGCACAUGAAACAUGUGGAAAGAUGUGCUGUCCUUUACUGCCCACUAAUCUGGCUAACAAGUGAAGAAAGACUUCUUCAGAAUCUUCAGCUUAGUUUGGCAAUAAUAAUGAAUAAUAAUACUGAAAAUGUUUCAGUAAGUCUAUUUGGGAAGUGCCAUUGGUUUCAUGUAAAGUUCACACUUGCUUAUAUAUCAGUAUCACAGGUAUGUAUAUGUUAUAUUUGUUUCAUAUUUUCUGCACUGUUGGGAUUCCAUGUUACAUUUAUAUAAAAUAUUUUUCUAUUCAAAAUAAAAUUUCUUCAAG